AAAUAAAAAAACUCUUGGCAUAGAUCUCUGUGGUUUUUAUAUAUCAAGCAAUGCUUGACCUUUUUUACCCGCACUUUGCAGUGGUAAAUAAUCAUGCAUACUCCUUCACAUUUCAUAUCCAUGGUCAUUAGCUUGAUUCUCAGCUACUUUGUAGCAGUACAAGGACUUCCAUUGGUUGCGGCACAACGUCAAGAAGAUACCCAGAAUGGCCUUGCGAGGCGAAUGUCUCUUGAAUCAUCCCCGCCGACCAACACACCACCAUCAGUAUCUGCUCAGGCACGCCCAUCUACGACGGUAAACGUUGCUACUCGGACCACAAAUGGUCUCAUCACAGUCACUUUUGUGGCGGGCAACAGGGAUGGUCGCGUACGGCAGCCGCCGCCAACAGUGAUAGUGGGCAUCCCACAAUCCAUUCCUCGUCCUCAGUCCUCCACAGCACCCGCUCCGCCUGCGCAAUCUGUUCCGUCGCCAGCCCCUCCUCAAACGACGACGACGUCAUCAAGCGCUACUAUUAGCCAAGAGGCCAACCAACCAACACCUACCGUGAAACCGGCUGAACCUCAGCCUUCUCAGCCAACUACGCAGCCAGAAGUCAGACCUCCAAACCUUCCCCCGACCGAAUCUAGGGCGAAUGAAGGGGGGGUUCCAGUAGUUGGAGAAAAAUCCACCGAGGGUGCAAGCAAAGAAGGUGAAAGCAAAGAAGGCGCAACCAAAGAGGGAGAAAAGAAAGAGGGAGAAAGCAAACCUGGCGCAGAAGCCGGUGCACUCGGUGAAGGAGAAAAAGGAGAAGCCGGCAAGGAAGCCGAAAAGAAGGAAGAACCCAACAAUAUCGUGUUCAAUGUCGCUGGCGCCGGUGGGUUUGCAGCAAUAGUUGCAGCCGGAAUAGGUUUUAUGAAGUAUAGAAGUAGGAGAGAAAAGCUCACGCAGACGUGAAUCUUUUCCCCUAAACUUUUAUAUACAUCCUCGCUUGCGCAUUAUUAAAAUUAAAAAUAUAAUAUCCCAUCAAACAAAC